CUCGUGUUGCGCAUGGGCGUGCGCUCCGGUGGAUGCUCGGGCAUGUCGUACGUUAUGGACUUUGCCAAAGCUGCCGAUAUUCAGGAAGACGAUCAGGUAGACGAGUACAUGUCGGAUCGAAUUCAGUGUGUCGUAGAUUCCAAGUCAAUGCUGUACCUGUACGGACUUGAGUUGGACUAUUCGAAUGAGCUCAUUGGUGGUGGAUUUCAGUUCUUCAAUCCCAAUGCUGAAGAGUCCUGUGGAUGCGGCAGUAGUUUUGGGGUGUAA